AUGCCAGAAAAUGACGGUUUAAUGAGGAUAUUCUGGCCGACGGACAUCCAGCGCUCCGACCUGCCUGGCGUCGUUGUGGGAUGGAGGAACUCGAGCCUGGAUGUCUUCGUCGUGGCCAUUCUCGACGAUGUCGAUGCCGGCCAUGUCGAAUUCGCCCUCAAGAUCGGCACCCUCUUUCGAAACUCCCCUCACCCCGUCAAUAGCAUAUACGAACGAUGCGGCCACAAUGCGAUGCACGUCCUCGGUCUGACGAACCCUAGCGAAGCCGUCGUACUCGAUCCCUCCCUCUUUAUCGCAACCACACCAGCUGGCGCAAAGUCGCCCCGAAUCGCGUGCGCCAAGGCCCUCAGCAUACAGAUCAUACUCUAUGACCGUCCGCGCCCCAGCAGGAUGCAGUACAUCUCGCUGAACCCCAUCUCGCUCGCGCUUGGGAACAAGGAGGCUCCGGGCCUACCGCCGACAGAACACAUGGCUGAAGAAGAGAGGCAGGAGCUGAAGGUGAAGGAGGAAAAGAGAAAACUGGUGGAAAAGCUGAAACAACACACCAUCAUCAAGCGGUCUCCGUCGCCAAAGGAGAGAGCCCUGCCAAAGAUUGUGAACCAAAUUAAUUGGUCAUGGGAGCUGGAGCAGCUGUUGCAGAAGAACAUCUCCCGGAUCGGCACCCGACCCAAGCGAUCUCUGAGCGUCUCGGAGCGAGUGGUGGAGCAUGCAACAUCGAUGCGGAAUUUCGUCUGGGACCUCUUGAUCUUCUACCUGCUCCCGCUGAUUCAAUGGGGGUUCGUCUACAUGCUCAUGGGUCAUAGGGCGGUCGCCGAGUUGCUCCUUCAAAUCUUAGAAUUCCGACUAAGAGACGACUACCUAGCUUUGAAGGACAUAUCGGCAACGGCGCAACAAGUAGAGAUUCGACUACAGCAGUUUUGCUACUGGCCCAUGCAGUACACCACGUUGCGACAGCGCAAGAAUGAUUGGGAGAGCGUCACGACCAGUCAUCCUGACUACAUACGCUUCUACAACAGUUUAUGGCUCGUUGCUAACGAUGUCAUUAUUGGCAUCGCGUUGGGCUCUUAUAUCAUUGACAACGCCGAGUGGGCCGCCAACGCAAUCAGCGAGCUUCUGAGGGUGUACACGGUCGAGGCGCUUCAAAGGAGUAUAUCGUGGCUAAUGGGAUGGCCUGCGGGUUUGAAGCUGAAUAGCGAGUUGGCUCUCUUCCUAGGAGACCUUUUCCUCUGGGUCAUUGAUUACUGGUCAAACUGCAUCGCGACGCUUCAGCCUUUAUUACCUCACAUUAUCUGGUUCAUUGGCUUUUCCAGCUUUGCCGGCGCCAGCAUGCCCAUUGCCAUGUUCUCCGACCUGCUCUCGAGCUUGACCGUACACAUUUACUCCUUUUACCUGGCAUCUGCCCGGAUCUACCAUUGGCAACUCACAAUACUCAUCUCGCUCUUUCACCUGUUCCGCGGCAAGAAGCACAAUGUCCUUCGCAACCGUAUCGACUCGUGCGACUACGACCUGGACCAGCUUCUCGUGGGCACUAUCCUCUUCACCCUACUUUUCUUCCUCCUUCCGACCGUCGUGGUGUUCUACUUGAACUUCGCCGUCGCACGAAUGGUCAUCAUUUCGCUAAAGGCUGUUUUUGAUACGCUUCUCUCUUGUCUAAACCACUUUCCCCUUUUUGCGCUGAUGUUGCGGGUCAAAGACCCGAGGCGACUACCAGGCGGCAUCCGUUUUGAACUUCGAGAUACCCUUGACUAUAGACUUAAUAAUGCUUCCAACGAACCACCGACCUCGGUCAUCUACCUCAAGUCCAUCCCCCUCACCUUCCGCGCCAUGUUCCACCAGUACUUUCAGAUGGGCAACCGCAUCCGCAAGCACUACCUCUCGCCCACGGUCGUACUCUGCCUGGUGACGGGCAAGUUUGUCCCGCCGCUCAACCGCAAGAACCUGUACAGCCUGCAGUACAGCAUGCUCCCCGCGCGCCGCGCGAGCUUCCGCCAGAUGUGGGACGCCAUCACGACGGUGCAGCCCAGUAGGAAGCCCGUGCCGUUUGUGAUGAAUGGGAAAAGGUAUCCCACGGGGAUCGGGGGCGGGGGGAGGACGAGGUAUCAUCACUAG